CUCCCUGUACCUCAGCAAUAGGCGAUUGUGCCAAUCAGCUGACCAUCCUCUCCCAGACUUCCCAGGAGCUUAUUUCUCUUACAGGCCAAUGUUAGCAUUUCAAUCCAGUCAGAUCCUCAAGUAGGCGGUAAAGACUCUUUCGCUAGGUGGCUGUCUCCCCUUUUCUGGGCCUGGGCUCAGCCUGUAGGUGUUAAAAUUUCUGCUCAUUGGUCAGUUACUAGGUGCCUUCCCCACUCCCAUUCAUUUGCUAUCUAAUCUAGAAACUUGCAUGGACCUUGUUGGUAGUGUCUGAGCACCUCAUUGGUCGAUUUAUCCUCUCCACGCCCCUGUGAGAUAGGUCUGGAUUAUUAUUAUUUUACACAUGCCGGGGAGUUGAGGUUUAAGGAGAUGAAUAGACUUGUCCAAGAUCACACAGGAAGCCACCCAAAAGUAGGGAGUAGUGAAUGGACAAAGGCACAUGUGCCGCUGGCUUUGAAAUCUUCACCAUGGGUAUUCCCAGGAGUAGAACCCAGAUCUCCUCAGUUCCUGUCCAGUGCCUUCCCCUGAAACCAUUCUUCUUCCCCUAGGACUUGCGUAGUCCUGUUUUUCAGUAGGUCGUCUCCGUCUCUGCGGAGGCUAUAAAAGGAUGAAGAUCUUGCAGGGGGCAGAGCCAGGCACGCAGCCUCCUCUGAAACACGCGAGUAACUCCACUCAUCAGAUGGCAGAUGCCCCUACCUUUCUCCGUCACCUCUCUUAAGUGUCUGUGUCUGUGUGUGAGCGAGUCUGAUGGGAGUUAACAGAAAUCCCUGUUGGGUUGAGUUCUCCUGGACUGCACCGGGCUGUGCUGGUGCUGGGGUGAACUGUUCUCUGCAUUUAAACCUGCAAAUGGGGAGCUACUUCUUAAACUAGCUGGGGAGGGAUUUCUUCCUCUGCCAUGGAUAAAAGGUUUUGGGGUAACCCUUAGGUCUCCUAGCUCGUGGCUGAGUUGCUGCAGAGCUGGAACACCUCGGCAAUUCCCACUAACUGGGGUUCUUGGGCCUGUUUUCAAACUGAGCCACAAGCGAAAUUUCUCCGCCCUUCGAAUGACAUUCGUUCCCCCUUUGUGGGUGCAUUGAAGCUCCAUGCCUAGCAGAGGUUGUCGGCGGAACGCAUGCAGCAGCCGCAAGGGCGUUGGGACUCUGGGGAGCAUGUGCUGAGGCUAAUGGUCUGAGUCUUACCAAGCAGGCCAGCUUUAGGGAGCCAGCUAACAGAUCAAUGUGUUUUACAGUGCUUUGAGCAUGUGCAGGCUAAGUGCUAAGUAUUAUCCAAUCCCAAAUCCUGUGUCCAGAGCUGUUGUGCCUCAAAUCUUGGGGCAGGGGGCUUACGAGGGAAGGGAAUGCGGAGGCGAGGCCGGUGGACUCAUGCCUCCUGUCGAGGGCAGCAAGGUGAGUGUUGUCGUCGGGGGGCAGGGGGCUUACGAGGGAAGGGAAUGCAAAGGCGAGCCCGGUGGAUUCAUGCCCCCUGUCGAGGGCAGCAAGGUGAGUGUUGUCGUCGGGGGGCAGGGGGCUUACGAGGGAAGGGAAUGCAGAGGCGAGCCCGGUGGACUCAUGCCCCCUGUCGAGAGCAGCAAGGUGAGUGUUAUCAUCUGGGCAGGAAGAUGGCAGGGGAGCACCUUGGGGCCUAUUGGAGGUGUAGUCAAGUAGGUGGCGCUGCUGCUCCUCCAUUAUAAUUGCAGGUUUCUGAGGACUGUUGGAGCGAGAGAGUCAGUUUCCUGCAACCGGAUCCUCCUUGCUGACAGAGCAGGUUCUGUCAUCUGCGCCUCUAGCCAUGGACCUACGAGCAGAGCUUUUAAAAUCCAUCUGGUACGCCUUCACCGCCCUAGAUGUGGAGAAAAGUGGCAAAGUGUCCAAAUCCCAGCUGAAAGUGCUCUCUCAUAACCUGUACACGGUGCUUCAUAUCCCCCAUGACCCAGUGGCGCUGGAGGAGCAUUUCCGGGAUGACGACGACGGACCGGUAUCGAGCCAGGGCUACAUGCCUUACCUCAACAAAUACAUCCUGGAUAAGGUGGAGGAAGGGGCUUUUGUCAAGGAGGAUUUUGAUGAGCUCUGCUGGACAUUGACAGCAAAGAAGAACUACAAGCCUGACCGGAAUGGGAACAGUGUCGUGUCCCAUAAGGAUGCCUUCAAGCUCUGGUGUCUCUUUAACUUCCUCUCUGAAGACAAAUACCCUCUUGUCAUGGUCCCAGAUGAGGUGGAGUACCUGCUGAAGAAGGUCUGCACCUCCAUGAACGUGGAGCUGAACUGCUGCGAGCUGGACGACUACCUCUCGCAGGAUCCCCAGCACCAGAACGGCAUGACGGUCUGGCAGUUCCUGGACCUGGUGAACUCGGGGAAACUCCUGCGGGGGUUUGAGCGGGAGGCUGUCAGCAUGGCCAUUGAAGAGGUGUACCAGGAGGUCAUUGAGGACAUGCUUAAACAGGGUUACCUCUGGAAGAAGGGCCAGCUGAGGCGGAACUGGUCCGAGCGAUGGUUCACACUAAAGCCCAGCGCCCUCUCCUACUACAUGAGUGAGGAGCGGAAGGAGAAGAAAGGCAGCAUUGCCUUGGAUAAACACUGCUGCGUGGAGGUCCUGCCUGACCGGGAAGGGAAAAGGUGCAUGUUCUGCGUGAAAACCUCUUCCCGCACGUAUGAGAUGAGUGCCUCGGACACCAAGCAGCGGCAGGAGUGGACGCUAGCCAUUCAGACGGCGAUCCGGUUGCAAGCAGAGGGGAAGAAGUCCCUGCACAAGGACCUGAAGCAGAAGCGCCGGGAGCAGCGGGAGCAGCGGGAGAGGCGGAAGGCCGCCAAGGAGGAGGAGAUGCAGCGCCUCAAGCAGCUGCAGGAGGAGAAGGAGCGGAAGCUGCAGGAGCUGGAGCUGCUCAAGGAGGCCCAGCGGCAGGCGGAGCUGCUGCUGCAGGAGGAAGAGCAGCGGCGCCGGCUGCAGCACGAGGAGAUGCAGAGGACCUUGGAGAUCCAGCUAAAGGAGGCUGAGCAGGCUCGCGCCUCCAUGCAGGCUGAGAUGGUGCUGAAGGAGGUGGAGGCCGAGCGGCAGCGGAAACGGAUCGUGGAGCUGGAGGAGAUGCAGGAGCGGCUCCAGGAGGCCCUGCACCAGGAGGUGAAGGCACGGCAGGACGAGGAGUCUGUGAGAUACGCCCAGGCCAGGUUGCUGGCUGAGGAGGAGGAGAAGCUGAAAGAGCUGAUGAAGCUGAAGGAGGAGCAGGAGGAGUACAUCAUCCAGACCCAGCGGGAGAAGCAGGUCCUGAAGCAGGAGAUGGAAAACAAGAGCAAAUAUUUGGAAGAUGCCCAAAAGCAGCUGGAAGCAGUGAGAGAGAACAGGCAGAGGGUAGACCAGGAUGUCAUGGCGGCCCAGAGGAAGCUCCGACAGGCCAGCACCAAUGUCAAGCACUGGAACGUCCAGAUGAAUCGACUGAUGCACCCCAUUGGGCCAGGAGAGAAGCGUUCGACAACGUGUGGAGGAUUCCCCAGCAUCCCACCCGUGCUCCUCACCAGGAGGGAGUCAUCCCUCAAGCUCAGGCAGAGAUUAGAAGAUAAGAAUUAUGAUCUUGAGAGGGAAGACAGCAAGAACGUGAACAACGGAGAGACCAGGAGGCUGUCGCUAUCUCCUGACAUGGACACCAUGGCCACAGAACCCUCCAACUAGCCUCAGGAGCAUGGCAGAACUGUGGGCACCUCGGGGUGUUCAGACUAGCAAGAGUAGUCAAUGCGGUGAUCUCUGUAGGGAGAUGAGCUGUAUGUAGACACAUGCCAGAGAGACGUACAGAUUCUAUAGAAGACAUAUAUAAUGCAUCUAGGGAAGCGGUGCUUCCAGUUUAUGCAACUAAAGUUUGGUUGCAAAAUGCGAGGAGCCCCAGAGCCACACCUGACUUGUGGGGAUAUUGCAGCUUCUACCAUCUGUGUUGCACAGGUGCAGCCCUUGGCGAUUACAACUCCAAGCAUGCUGUGCUCUGUUUUGACCUGAGCAGCCUGCUGCCUUCCAUAGUAAAACCGAGGGUGGCUGUGGAUUGCCUUGUAGAAUCCUGCAGACUGUUUGGCCCAUGGACCCUGCUCUGGCCCCCCAUGUUAGGAUUUCCCAGCUAAUUGCUAUUGCAACCACAGCCAUCUAGCACUCCGAGAUGUAAAGUGCAUGGUUCAUGUAAAGAUGACAUUCAAAAGAGACUUCAAAAAUUGAGCUGUGCCUUAUUUUGCUUAUUUUAUAAAGACCGCCAAGAAGAUGUUUGGGAUUUUUUGUCUUAAAUAUUGGCAUUGUCAAAUCUUCCCUAUUUUCCCAGGAGGACCCAUGGGUAUUGUCUGCCUUCACAUCUUUAUAGAGGGGAUAGGGAGGGGCUCUUUAACAAAGAUGUGCUUUCUCUAAGGUCUUCAUUAGACACUGGAGUCAAAUAGAUGUUAACAAAAAGGAACCAGAAAUAAAGCUUUUUAAAACAA